UCUGCUUACCUGUCAGUUGUAGUCACUGCUAAAUUCAUUUAUUAUAGUCUUGGAUUUGUCAUUUGUUGGUGAAACUCCUGUCCUGACAGGAGGGAGUUGAGCUGUAUUUGUUUAAGCAUGGACAGCGAGGGGAGAAAAGUGGUGGUCUGUGACAAUGGGACAGGGUUUGUCAAGUGUGGCUUCGCUGGAUCCAACUUCCCCGACCACAUCUUCCCUGCCAUGGUGGGUCGACCGAUCAUACGAUCCAACACCAAAGUGGGCAACAUUGAGAUAAAGGACCUGAUGGUGGGUGAUGAGGCCAGCGAGUGCCGCUCCAUGCUGGAGGUGUCCUACCCGAUGGAGAACGGCAUGGUGCGCAGCUGGGAAGACAUGCUCCACCUGUGGGACUACACCUUCGGCCCCGACCGCCUGGACGUCAACCCGCCAGAAUGCAAGAUCCUGCUGACCGAGCCGCCCAUGAACCCCACCAAGAACCGGGAGAAGAUCACGGAGGUCAUGUUUGAGACGUACCAGUUCCACGGCAUUUAUGUGGCAAUCCAGGCUGUGCUCACUCUGUAUGCUCAGGGUUUGCUGACCGGUGUGGUCCUCGACUCGGGGGACGGUGUCACCCACAUCUGUCCCGUGUAUGAGGGCUUUUCUUUACCCCACCUCACACGCCGGCUGGACAUCGCAGGACGGGACAUCACGCGGUACCUCAUCAAGCUCCUGCUCCUCCGAGGUUACGCCUUCAACCACACGGCCGACUUUGAGACUGUGCGUUUGUUGAAGGAGGAGCUCUGCUAUGUGGGAUACAACAUCGAGCAGGAGCAGCGCCUGGCUUUAGAGACCACCUACCUGGUGGAGACGUUCACGCUCCCUGACGGCCGGCAGGUGAAGGUGGGUGGAGAGAGGUUCGGGGCCCCUGAGGCUCUCUUCCAGCCUCAUCUCAUUAACGUGGAGGGAGCAGGAGUGGCGGAGCUGCUGUUUAACACCAUCCAGGCUGCAGACAUCGACCUCAGGGCAGACUUCUAUAAGCACAUUGUUCUGUCAGGAGGGUCCACCAUGUACCCGGGACUUCCAUCCAGACUAGAGAGAGAGAUCAAGCAGCUCUACCUGGAGAGGGUGCUGGACGGAGACACUAAGAAACUAUCAAAGUUUCGGAUCCGCAUCGAGGACCCUCCCCGGCGUAAACACAUGGUAUUCCUGGGCGGCGCGGUGCUCGCCAACAUCAUGAAAGACAAGGACUCCUUCUGGCUGAACCGGGCAGACUACGAGGAGAAAGGCCUGGGAGUGCUGCAAAAACUGGGAGGUGGAAUCAGAUAAAAAAAACAACAACAUCACCCAGAUAUUUCAGCUUUUAUAUCAACUUCUCACCUCUUAUAGCCUGGCAUGCUGGAUGAAAAAGCUUGUACUCAAUGUACAGUACUUCACGGGAAAUGGCGCUCCUUCAUUCCUGCUAGUGCUGGAACAAUAUUUAGAUUAAUCGACUGACAAAAAAGUGACAAUUGUCUUUGAUGGCCAAGUUUUUCUUUCUUUAUAUCAUUUAAAAGUGGACAUGCUUGAGUUUUCUGACAUGUCAUAGAC